AUCCGAGUGCAAAAUUCAUUUAAAGGAAAAAAAGAAAAGAAAAGAGCAACAGAAAUAAAUAAAAAUAAACCUCACAUAUACGCAGCCUUCUCGGGCCCAAACCCUAAUUCGAGCCUCCAGUUCUAACACAGAAGAGGCUUCUUCAAUCAAACCCUAAUUCAAGCAUACCCUUACAUGGAGUCUCCGACGGAUAACAUUGAAACGCUCUCUAUCUCCUCUCCAGAUCAAGCCCCUUCCUCCGGUUCCGCAUCCAAGGGGAUGAGUGUGGAGGAGAAGUUCAGGAUUGUGAGGAGUGUUGGGGAAGAGUGCAUCCAAGAGGAUGAGUUGCUAAACCUGCUAUCGAAGAAGCCCGAACCCGUUUGCUAUGACGGGUUCGAACCCUCCGGUAGAAUGCAUAUUGCCCAGGGGGUCAUGAAGAUAAUUAGUGUGAACAGGAUGACUUCUGCUGGUUGCAAAGUAAAAAUAUGGAUUGCAGAUUGGUUUGCACAGUUGAACAACAAAAUGGGGGGUGACUUGAAGAAAAUUCAAACUGUGGGAAAGUACAUGAUUGAGAUCUGGAAAGCUGUGGGUUUGAAUCUCCAUGGAGAUAAAGUGGAAUUUUUAUGGUCUUCGGAAGAAAUUAACUCCCGGGCACAUGAAUACUGGCCUCUUGUAAUGGAUAUCGCAAGAAGGAACAAGCUUCCUAGGAUAUUGAGAUGUGUCCAGAUUAUGGGUCGCAGUGAGCAGGAUGAGUUGACGGCAGCCCAGAUUCUCUACCCAUGCAUGCAAUGUGCUGAUAUUUUUUUCCUUAAGGCUGAUAUCUGUCAACUGGGCAUGGACCAGCGGAAAGUGAAUGUUCUUGCUAGAGAGUACUGUGAUGACAUUAAGAGAAAAAACAAGCCUAUCAUAUUGUCUCACCACAUGCUUCCUGGUUUGCUGCAAGGGCAAGAGAAGAUGUCAAAAAGCGUUACAGACUCUGCCAUUUUUAUGGAGGACAAGGAGGCAGAAGUUAAUCGGAAAAUAAAGAAGGCGUACUGCCCUCCAAUGGUAGUUCAAGGGAACCCCUGUUUGGAGUACAUUAAAUACAUUAUCCUCCCAUGGUUUGAUGAAUUCAAAGUUGAACGUAGUGCUGACAAUGGUGGUGAAAAGACCUUCAAGAGUUUUGAAGAAUUAGUUGCGGACUAUGAAAGUGGGAACUUGCAUCCUGCUGAUCUAAAACCUGCUCUAUCAAAAUCAAUAAAUAAGAUAUUGCAGCCCGUACGUGAUCAUUUCGAGAAUGAUCCUACUGCGAAGGAACUAUUCAAAAGGGUGAAGAGCUACGAUAUUACAAGAUGAUGCGACCUCGAGUGUGCACACAUAAUGUUAUAGGCUUUGUUAUUGCAGGUCUUAAUCAGAAGUUUCUUUUUCUUUGCGACGAUACUUUUUCUUUUACUUACUAUUUGCAACAAUUUAGGUCAUUUGGUGUAACUUAACUAGAUAACCCGUUAAUGGAGUACCCUUUAUUCGAUUUA